CACGCGUUUAAUGUUUCUUAUAUAAACACAUAUGUGUUCUCUUCUUUUCUUCAUCAAAUAUUUUCUCUUCAAUCAUCGUUUCUCUCACGUCUGAAAUUUUUUCUCGCUUCUUUUAUUCGAGUUUCUGAAGAAAUGGAAUUUGUGAACAGCUCUACACCAAGAUACGAUUGUCUCCUCUUUGAUUUGGAUGAUACUCUCUAUCCUUUAAGCUCUGGUUUAUCGGAAGCAUGUACCAACAAUAUCAUAGAAUUCAUGGUUGAGAAGCUUGGAAUAGACGAAGACGGAGUCGUUGAACUAAACCAAAUUCUCUAUAAAAAAUAUGGAACAUCAAUGGCUGGUCUAAAGGCUGUAGGUUAUGAAUUCGACAAUGAUGAGUACCACAGCUUUGUUCAUGGAAGAUUACCUUAUGAAAACCUUAAACCGGAUCCGGUUCUGAGAAAUCUCCUCCUUAGUCUACCUUUUCGAAAAUUGGUUUUCUCGAAUGGAGAUGAAGUUCAUGUGACGAAGGCUUUAAAGAGGCUCGGCAUCGAAGAUUGUUUUGAGAGAAUCAUAAGUUUCGAGACUUUAAACCCUGAGAUUAACGAGGCAGAGGUCUCUUUGGAUUACAGUCCCGAGAUUCCGGUUAUCUGUAAACCAUCCGAGAUUGCUUUCGAGAAAGCCUUCGACAUUGCACAGCUCAAUCCUCAAACAACCUUGUUCUUCGACGAUAGCAUCCGGAACAUCCAAACCGGAAAAGCCGUGGGUCUCAAUACCGUCCUGGUUGGUAAAUCAGAAAAAGUGGAAGGAAGUGAUCACGCGUUAGAAAGCAUUCACAACAUGAAAGACGCAUUCCCGGAAUUGUGGACGGAAUCCAACAACAAGGAAUCUGAAAGAAUUGGUUACGUCGCUGCACAAAUCUCGAUUGAAACUUCUGUUCAAGCUUAGUUCUUCAUGCGUGUGUUAUCUAGUUUGUGAAGAUAUUUACAUAUCUGAUUAAUGUUUACUAGAUAAAACGGUUGUGUUGAUACAACAUGCAUGUGUUAUCUAGUUUGUCGGCAUCAUGCAUGUGUUUACUCCAUAUGGAUAUGUUUGUUGUUGAUACAACGGUUGAUAUAUGGUUUCUAUUACGUUUUAUAAGUAUAUUGUAUAACAUAAGGUAUGCUCUUUUGUACAUAUUAAAAAAUGUUACAGAA